AAGCUCACAGUUGGCUGUCAGAAGCGUCAAAGUUUGUUUCGCGCAGCGUCAUGCUAUUUCUGUCCCAUGUGUGUGUCUUCUGAGUGAGUCGCACGCCGACUGUUAAGUUCAAGGACUCGGACCCUGCCAACAGCAACACCAGAGAAUAGAAACAAACACAAGACUGGGCCUGCCUGUCAGCCAACAAAUAUUCCAGCCAAACAAGAACACACACCUCAUUCAUACACACACACACACACACACCUUCAGAGAAACAUUCCCCGCAUCAAAGGAUUAAAAACUGAAACUUCACUGCCAUGAUGCAGCAUUAAAAGCAAGUAGGAACUGAAAGAAAUUUGACAAUGAUGUUGCCGCCGAUGCUGCCUUUGCCGUCCAAACGCCUGCUGCUUGCUCUUGCUUGCACGAUUAUUGCCUGCACCCCACUAACCCAAGGCUGCUACCCACGUUCCAGCUCCAGACCACGUCCCGAGGAGCAAACCACUACCACCAGCUCAACAGUCGCGCCGCUUCCGCCCGAAAAUGUGGCAGAAGGCCCACCCAGGCCGAACAUAACGUUUCCCAUCUUGAACUGUCCGCCCACAUAUGCCGCCUGGUAUUGUCUAAACGAUGCCACCUGCUUCACCGUGGAGAUCCAUAAUGAGAUUCUGUACAACUGCGAAUGCGCGCUUGGCUACAUGGGACCGCGUUGCGAGUACAAGGAAAUCGAUGGCUCGUACCUGCCCACACGAAGUCGCGUGAUGCUGGAGAAGGCGAGCAUUGUAAGUGGUUCCACACUGGCGUUUAUCCUCAUGGCCAUGUUAAUUAUAUGGUGCCUGCGGAAAGAGAGUCGUAAAAAGAAGGAACUACACGAUAGCGGCACCGAUGUCGGCGAUCUUGCCUGUGAGAAUGCCGGCAUGGAUGUGGUCGACGGCAUGACACAGCCGUUUCCGCCACGACGACCAUUUCGACCGGAUCGAAUCCUAACACUGGAGGAGGCCUUCCAGGCACUGAACAAGCACUGAACUUUAACGAACGAGCAAUGUUUUAUUAAAACGAUUAACCGCUUAUUUUAUUACAUAAUUUUAUUUUUAAGUUAUUUUUUAUUUGCCCUAACGACGAAAGCCGCACAGCGUCUUAACAACGUUAACGCCUUUGCCUAUUGUUUGUUAUAAGUGCCUUUUCGAAACAAUUAUAAACUGACGAAACAAUUGUAAACUGACGAGCAGCUCACGAUUGAAAGGAUUUGUAGCUGAUAACUUUUAAUUCAAUUAUUUAUCAAAUUGUCUACUGAUAAUGCAAUGCAAUUUUCUGAACCAGUCGCAUAUACUACAAAUGUAUUUAAACUAAUUAUUUAUUAAUUAUAUUAUUCACCAAA